AUGGCCGCGAGAAAGAAGAAGAGGGUCACGAAGCCUCCCGUGGCCACCCCACGGGAGAGAAUAUCUAACUACUUCCUGACAAAGGAAGAAUUUGGGUCGACCACAGAUGGUCCCCAGGAGGAACAUGGGUCGACCAUUGAUGGUCCCCAAUAUGAAGCUGAAAUGAUGGAUGUCGACUCUGAUAAAGAGUCAGGAGAGAAGACGGUUUGGUCUCGGCAAGAGACUAGAGGCUCUGAUAAAGAGUCGGGUGAGAAAACAAUUGGGUCUCGACAAGAGACUGGUGGUUCCGAAAAUGAGUCAAUUCGUGUCUCUCUUGGAGUAUCGACUCAGAAGUCUGAGUCGAACCAGAGGACAGCGACCCAACGAAGCCUUGGGAAUCCUCCUGCUGCCUCUCUCGAGAAGGAGGAGGAGGGCUCGGUGAAGCUUGAAGAGCUAGACGAUGAAGAUGCUGUCCCUGUUCAAGGCGACACUUGUGAUAAUGAUUGGGCAGCCGAAGAAGAUAUAGAUGAAUCAGACAGUGAGCCAAUAGAAAUGGAUCCAAUUGAUACUCUUGUUGAUGACGAGUAUAUCGCACUUGAGGAUGAUGAAGGUGAAGGUGAUGACGUCGUUCCAGUAGAAAAUGUCAUGGAAAAUGACAAUGAUUCGUCAGAAGCGUCUCAAAAGAGACCUCGUACCCAGACUGCAGAGGUAGAUGCAGCUCAAUGGGUAAAGGAGUGUGAUAAGGCUUAUGCUGUUGAUGAAAAUGACAAAGAUGUGAGACAGUUCGAGGCCUAUCUUGCCCAUAUCAUCUAUAUUAUUUAUAGGUGGGCUGAAGACCUC